CUGUGAGGGGCACUGUGUCUAGUGCAUCCCGUGGGGUGAGAGUGUGGUGGGCCAGGCCAUCAGGCACCGGCCUUUGUUCCAAUGGAUCCAGAGCGUCUGCCGGUCAUCAAUAACUACCUGGAUGUCAAUGACCCCAGGUCCUCGGAGGCCCGUCAGAGCCGCAUGCACUUCUACGACAACCAGAGAAAGGUGGACUAUGUGCUCGCCUACCACUACCGGAAACGUGGGGCUCACCCAGGCUCCCCGGGCCAUGGCGCGGCCAUUGUCUCCAAUGGGGAAACGGGCAAAGAGGCCCAUGCUGGGGGCCAGGGGGACAUUGAACUGGGGCCACUAGAUGCCCAGGAGGAGGUGAGGAAGGAGCAACGAGAGGAGUUUGAGCACAACCUGAUGGAGGCUGGGCUGGAGCUGGAGAAGGAUUUGGAGAGUAAGAGCCAUGGAGCCAUCUUUGUCCGGAUCCAUGCCCCCUGGCAGGUGCUGGCCAGAGAGGCAGAAUUUUUGAAGAUCAAAGUUCCCACCAAGAAAAUGUACGAAAUCAAGUCGGAGGGCACCAUUGCCAAGAAGUUCAAUGAUAUUCUAAAGAAGAUGAGCUCGCCCCUGCAGCCCCGAGUCCCCGAGCACAGCAACACCACGAUGAAGAACCUCUCGUACCCCUUCUCUAGGGAGAAGAUGUACCUGUACAACAUCCACGAUAAGGACACUUUCUUCGACAAUGCUACCCGCAGCCGAAUUGUGCACGAGAUCCUGAAGCGCACGACGUGUACUCGCGCCAACAACACUAUGGGUAUUAACUCACUGAUAGCAAACAAUAUCUAUGAGGCAGCCUACCCUCUUCAUGAUGGAGAAUAUGAUAGCCCAGGGGACGACAUGAAUGACAGAAAGCUGCUGUAUCAAGAAUGGGCGCGCUAUGGAGUGUUUUAUAAGUUUCAACCUAUCGACCUCAUCAGAAAGUAUUUUGGAGAAAAAAUCGGACUGUAUUUUGCCUGGCUGGGGUUAUAUACCUACUUCCUCAUCCCAUCGUCUGUCAUUGGGGUGAUCGUGUUUCUGUAUGGCUGUGCAACCAUUGAAGAAGAUAUUCCCAGCAAGGAGAUGUGUGACCAGCAGAAUGCCUUCACCAUGUGUCCCCUGUGUGACAAGUCCUGUGAUUACUGGAACCUCAGCUCUGCCUGCGGGACAGCACGGGCCAGCCACCUGUUUGACAACCCUGCCACUGUCUUCUUCUCGAUCUUCAUGGCUCUGUGGGCUACCAUGUUUCUCGAAAAUUGGAAGAGAUUGCAGAUGCGACUGGGCUACUUCUGGGACCUGACUGGUAUAGAAGAGGAAGAAGAACGUGCUCAGGAACACUCCCGGCCUGAGUACGAGACCAAAGUCCGAGAGAAAUUGUUGAAGGAAAGCGACAAGUCUGUUGUCCAGAAGCUGGGAGCAAAUGGUGAGGCUGAGGAGGAGGAUGACGACGAGGAUAAGCUCACCUGGAAAGAUCGUUUCCCAGGCUACUUGAUGAAUUUUGCCUCCAUCUUGUUCAUGAUUGCCCUCACCUUCUCCAUUGUCUUUGGGGUCAUUGUAUACCGGAUCACCACGAAAGCAGCGCUGUCUCUCAACAAGGCUACUCGCUCCAAUGUCAGGGUGACAGUGACGGCAACGGCAGUCAUCAUCAACUUGGUGGUCAUCCUCAUCCUGGAUGAGAUCUACGGCAUGGUGGCCAAGUGGCUCACUAAAAUCGAGGUUCCCAAAACAGAACAGACUUUUGAAGAGCGCCUGAUACUCAAAGCUUUUUUGCUGAAGUUUGUCAAUGCCUAUUCUCCCAUCUUCUAUGUGGCUUUUUUCAAGGGAAGGUUUGUGGGUAGACCUGGAAGCUACGUGUAUGUGUUCGAUGGAUAUCGUAUGGAAGAGUGUGCUCCAGGAGGCUGCCUCAUGGAGCUGUGUAUCCAGCUCAGCAUCAUCAUGUUGGGGAAGCAGUUGAUCCAGAACAACAUCUUUGAGAUUGGAGUCCCGAAGCUAAAGAAACUAUUUCGGAAGCUGAAAGAUGAGACGGAACCUGGGGAAACUGACUCUGCCCAUUCGAAGCACCCAGAGCAAUGGGACCUAGACUAUAGCUUGGAACCAUACACAGGACUAACCCCAGAGUACAUGGAAAUGAUUAUCCAGUUCGGCUUUGUCACCCUCUUUGUGGCCUCCUUCCCUCUGGCACCCGUUUUUGCCCUCCUCAACAAUGUCAUCGAAGUGCGGCUGGAUGCAAAGAAGUUUGUGACAGAGCUGAGACGGCCGGAUGCUGUGAGGACCAAAGACAUAGGGAUCUGGUUUGACAUUCUCUCCGGAAUCGGCAAGUUCUCUGUGAUCAUCAACGCUUUCGUCAUCGCUGUCACCUCCGACUUUAUCCCCCGCCUGGUUUACCAGUACUCCUACAGUAACAAUGGGACUCUGCACGGCUUUAUCAACCACACCCUUUCCUUCUUCAAUGUCAGCCAGCUGAAGGAAGGCACACAACCCGAAUCCUCCCAAUUUGAUCAGGAUGUCCAGUUCUGCAGGUUUAAGGAUUACCGAGAACCACCCUGGGCCCCGAACCCAUACGAGUUUUCCAAACAGUACUGGUCGGUUCUGUCUGCACGCCUGGCCUUUGUCAUCAUCUUCCAGAACCUCGUGAUGUUCCUCAGCGUCCUUGUGGACUGGAUGAUCCCCGAUAUCCCCACGGACAUCAGUGACCAGAUCAAGAAAGAGAAGAGCUUGCUGGUGGACUUCUUCCUCAAGGAGGAGCACGAGAAGAUCAAGCAGAUGGACGAGACGGCACCGAGGAGCCCGGGUGGGGGUCUGGGGAGCCAGAGAAGCCGGGCAGCCAGCGCAGCCCCUUCGGGCCGGAGCCAGCCCGGCAGUGCUGCCUCUGAGGGGUCUCAGCACACCAAUGUGUGA